AGAAGUUGAUGCUUUCUUCCUCUGACUGGUUAACAUUUGAUUCAGAAUGAAACGUAAAUUAAGUCAAAAUUGUAUUUUUACACAUUAGGAAUUACGGAGGUUCAGUUAUUAUCCUAGUUUGUUGAAGGUUUAGUUAUCAUGUUACUUUUUCCAGUUUCUUUCACUUGUCUCCAUGCUCACAGAUCAGAGGGAGGAGUACAGCCCGAAGACAAUGGGCCAAUUUUGGUUCAUGCUUACAACAAAGGGACAGUACACCAUCAAUGGACACUCCCAUCACAAAAGGUGCACUGUACUCUCGGACUGGUGACGGUGAGGUUGAUGACGUUCAAGCAGAUGGACAUCAUUACAGUCAAAGAGAUUUGGAUUCUGCUCUGAGAACAGCCAGGGAGGAGAUUGUUGCUCAGGAAAGAGAAGCGGCUGACUGGAAAAGGAAAUACGAUGAAAGUAGGCAAGAGGUUGUUGAGAUGAGGCGAAUUGUUGCAGAGUAUGAGAAGACCAUAGCACAGAUGAUAGGCAAACCUGAGGAUGAUCACAGAGAAAAGUCCAUCUCACAUCAUAAUGUACAGCAGCUAAUAAUGGAAAAAGAUCAGGCCUUGUCUGAUCUGAACUCUGUGGAGAAAUCUCUCGCAGACCUCUUUAGGAGAUACGAGAAGAUGAAGGAGGUGUUGGAGGGGUUCCGAAAGAAUGAGGAAGUGUUGAAGAAAUGUGCCCAAGAGUAUCUUGCCCGGGUAAAGAAAGAAGAACAGCGAUACCAUGCUCUCAAAAUCCAUGCAGAGGAGAAGCUUGACAAGGCUAAUGCUGAGAUUGCUCAAGUACGCGCCAAGUCCAAAUCAGAACAGACAGCCUUUCAGGCCAGCUUGCGGAAAGAACAGAUGAAAGUCGAGUCACUGGAGAGAACUUUAGAACAAAAGAAUAAGGAAGUAGAAGAACUGACUAAAAUCUGUGAUGAACUGAUUGCCAAAAUGGGGAAGAGUUAAUGUUGCCUAUUUUUUUUUUUCAAAGUAGGGAAAAAAUACUGAGUGCAAUAAAGCCAGUGGUGCAGUAAUGUUGGCUGACCUAUGUUAACACUGGGGAUUUCACCACAUUUUCAAUGCACUAUAUCUCUUUCCACGGAGGACUGUUUAAUGUAUGUAGCAUACAACUGGCCCAUGGAAGUUUUCUUUUACUGUCUGCUGUAUUGUAGUAUGGCACACAACAAAUGUUAUGAGUUCCUGUAUCAGGGAGACUGGUUCUUUAAUGAUUAGAUGAGAUGCAUUAGAUAUUGAGAUUGAUUUUUUUUUGUUUAUUUCUUUUUAUGGGCCCCCCCAUGUAUUGUGUCUUCAAAGUUUCAACUUACUGUACAUUACAUUACUGCAAGCAGAGUCUUGCAAAUUUUCAGUGAAGCCUUAAGAGUCUAGACUUGAUCUGCAUUAUGGAUUUAUAAAAAUGCAUGUGUGUCAAUGAAGUUCUCUAUUGUAAAUAAAUUUUAGUUUAAAAUCA